UAAGGACAUUAUGAGUGAUCUAGACUAACGGCAUAGUGGAAAAUUAUACAUUACGAACGGAUUCUGAAAUUAUCUAAAAAUAAAGGUCUUCACCAAAAUUCCGCUCAGUCAGAAUUUUUGUUCUUUAAAUAUCCUAUAAUGAUCGGACUAUACGUAGUAACUUGUUCUUAAUCUGUGGUUUUGGCUCCUGUACUGUCAAAUGUAAAUUUGACUGUUAAGGCUAAGACUUUGGCGCCAGGGCUCACUGAAAAUAGUAGAAGUUUGUAAACAUUAAUUAAAAUAUAAUUAUUUACGUCGUUUGAAAAAAAAUAGCUUCCAAAUAUGUAAGAACGAUAGCUACCUUCUGUAAGUUAAAAAAUUAUGUUCAUUUCAAUCCAAACCGGGUUGACGCUUAGUAAGAAACUUUAUUUAAGAUUUUUUGGAAAAAGAAAUAUCAGCACUGAAACUAUGAAAUAUCUUAACGUAGCAGAAAAAAAUGACGCUGCAAAGAAUAUCGCAAUGCAUUUAUCAAGAGGGACGUCCAGGCGGCGAGAAGGAUUAUCUCAGUAUAAUAAAAUUUAUGAAUUUGAAGCAGAAGUAAUGGGACAAAAAUGCCAAAUGGUGAUGACUUCAGUAUCUGGCCACUUACUAGGCCUGGAGUUUGUGGGUUCAUACAAAAACUGGCAAUCUUGUAAUCCAUUAUCUUUAUUUGAUGCACCAGUUUUCAAAUACUGUCCUGAAAACUAUGAAAAAAUAAAGAAAACAUUAGAAAGAGAAAUACGUAGUUGCCAGGGGCUCAUUAUUUGGACAGAUUGUGAUAGAGAGGGUGAAAACAUUGGUUUUGAGAUCAUAGAAGUGUGUUCUGCUAUCAAGAAUAAUUUAAGAAUAUUUAGAGCAAAGUUCUCUGAAAUCACAGCUAUAUCGGUUAGAAGAGCUCUACAAAAUUUGGAACAACCAAAUAAAAAUAUCAGUGAUGCUGUUGAUGUAAGGCAAGAACUGGAUCUAAGAAUAGGUGCUGCAUUUACCAGAUUUCAGACAUUAAGGCUGCAGAAAGUGUUUCCAAGUAAACUGGCUCAAAGCUUGGUAAGCUAUGGGUCUUGCCAGUUCCCAACAUUGGGCUUUGUUGUUGAAAGAUACAGAGCUGUAGAAAACUUUGUUUCGGAAACAUUCUGGAAGAUAAAAGUGAAUCACACAAUAAACAAUUUGAGUGUCGACUUCAAUUGGGAAAGGAUAAGACUAUUUGAUCAAGAGGCAUGUGAAGUUUUGCAUGAUGUAUGCACUGAGACUCCCCUUGCCAAAGUCACAGAUGUUAAAACUAAACCCAAGUCUAAGUGGAGACCAUUGCCUUUGGAUACAGUGGAACUUGAAAAAUCUGCAUCAAGGAAGUUGAAAAUUAAUGCAAAAGAAACAAUGCGGUUAGCUGAGAAAUUAUACACCCAAGGUUUAAUCAGUUAUCCUCGUACAGAAACCAAUGAAUUUCCCAAGGAAAUGAAUUUAGGACAGCUUGUUGGAUUGCAAACUGGAGAUCCGAAUUGGGGAGCUUUUGCACAAAAUAUAUUGGAUAAUGGGGGACCUACACCCCGGCAGGGCAAUAAAAGUGAUAAGGCCCAUCCUCCCAUACAUCCAACUAAAUAUACAAACAGUUUAAGUGGAAAUGAGCAACGUUUAUAUGAAUUCAUAGUUCGUUCAUUUCUUGCUUGUUGUUCCAAAGAUGCUCAGGGCCAAGAAACUACAGUCACUAUUAAUGUAGCAAAUGAAAUUUUUUCCGCAAAUGGUCUUAUGAUAACCGCUAGAAAUUAUUUGGAAGUAUAUCCUUAUGAUAAAUGGUCUUCAAAGGAAAUCCAUGUUUAUGAGAUGGGGCAAACAUUUAAUCCUACAAGUAUAGAUUUAGUCGACGGUAACACAUCACCUCCGAAUCUUUUAACAGAAGCUGAUCUAAUCGCUCUUAUGGAAAAACAUGGCAUAGGCACGGACGCAACACAUGCAGAACAUAUAGAAACAAUAAAAAAUAGAUCGUAUGUAGCGCUCGCAGAUGCUAUACAUUUUGUUCCCGGUUUAUUGGGAAUGGGACUUGUUGAAGGAUAUGAUGCUAUGGGCCUUAAUAUAUCGAAACCUCAUCUUAGAGCACAGCUGGAAGCUGAUUUGAAAGCGAUAUCGGAGGGAAGGAAGCAACCACAGGCUGUUUUAGCAGAACAGAUAGCAAAAUAUAAAGAAGUUUAUUUAACAGUAUCAGCUGAGGCCAAUAAAAUAGACGGUGCGCUAGCUGAAAGGUUUAGCGAAAGACCGGCUGAAUACACGCCCACUGUAGAAACAAUGCCUAGUGAUUUACAAUCAGUGUUGAAAUGUCCAAAAUGCGGAUCUAACAUGGUUAGUAGGCAGAAGAAAAAUAAUUCUGACGAAUUUUACAUAAGUUGUUUAUCAUAUCCAAAUUGUAAAAACGCUGUGUGGUUGCCCAAUAUUGUAAAGACUCUACAGGUGUUGCCAGAUACAUGUUCUGAAUGUGGUCCGAAUUACAAAAAGCUUAAAUUUGAAUGGCGAAACAAUUCAAUAAAUCAUUUAUAUCCCCAACCAUACGUAACUUGCAUUGGAGGUUGUGAUACAACCUUUUUGGAGUUACUCAGGAUAAAUCUGAGUAGUGUUAGAAAAACAAAUAUUCAAAGCACUGAAAAUAACCGGAAUAUAACAAAUAGCAAUAGAACUAACACAGUGACUUCUGCAACAAAUGUAAGGCCAGCACAGCCAAGGCAAUUUACACCUCCAGCCACUGUAGUUAGAGCUCCAAAUCCCACACCAGUUCCUAGAAUGCCAGUGCCAAGAAAUACUGGGAACGCUAGCGGAAGAUUCCCAACUCCAAGCAGUUCGGGAGGUAUUGACGACGAUAACAUCUUAUGUGGAUGUAAUAAGCCCGCAAUUUUAUUGACCGUACGUAAACAAAAUGCCAAUUUUGGUAAGAAGUUCUACAAAUGCCAAUCAGGAAAAGAUAAUAACGGAUGCGAUUUCUUUCUAUGGGCGCCAGAGUCUGUUGACGGAAACGCCCAGAACAAUCUAGACACUCCCCCGGCGAGUAACUCUUGGGGAAAUUCGCAAUCUGGUGGGAAUAGAGGCUGGGGCAUAACACCGAGUAUUAAUAGAGAUGAUUUCGCACCAAAUGACGAUAAUGUUAUGUGCAAUUGUAAUUUACCAUGUAAAAAGAUAACUGUACAUAAAGAAGGUCCAAACAAAGGUCGACCGUUUUAUGGUUGUCCAAAGGAUUUCAAUUCUCGCUGCUCUUUCUUCCAAUGGGCGGACGAAGGAGCUAGUACUACUACAGAAUGGCGUGGCAACACUACCACCGGGCGAGGAAGGGGUAGGACGAGGUCCGAUAGGGGUCAGGGCGGGAGUGGGGAGGGGUCGCGGACACGACGGUGUGGGUUAUGUCGGCAAGAGGGACACACUCGUAAUAGAUGUCCUAACGCUAAUUAAAUCAAAAGAAUAUAUUACUAAAUAUUUCUUAUGAAUAGCAUUUAACAACUCAUUGCCUUUGAGUGGAAUAUACGAUUAAUUUUACAAUAUUUUCACUCUAUUCGAACGAACGUUCUUUCUGUUCUUUAAUGAAUCGAAUACAAAUAUGUUUUGCCAUUUAACAUAAUUUCCCUAAAAUAAAUAUUGAAAGCAAUAUUUUUAUAAUUCCUUUUAAACUUUGUUUAAAUUAUAUCUAUGUUGUGUGUAUGAAUACAGUCGCUAGUUUGUAUAAAAAUUGCUAUUGCGCCCGAAGAUAAGCAACUAAUAUGUAGUUAAAUUAACGAUAUUGUUAUACCAGCUAUACAGUUGUGGUAUUAAUUGUGUAAACUACAGAGUUUAUAAUUUUCUUUAUAUUUUCACUAGGUAUUCUCGAAUACGUUUAUAUAUGUUUUUUAUAUAAAAUAUGUACAUAACAGAUUUACCCCCAACUUCAUUCAGGCGUGCAUAGAUUCAAAUUAAAAUUCAAGCAAUUCUUCAAAAUAAAUUAUAGCCUACAGACGGCAGAAUAUCUAAGACUUAUGUAACAUUAAAGUUUCAUUAAAGUACGUCCAGGGAAAGCCGGACAACAGAUAGACGGAUAAAUAUUUCAUUUUUUUGGCUUGUGUGACCCAGAAAUGAAUUUUAUUCAGUUUUUAAUGUACAAAAUCGAACUUUUCUACUACAAUUAUAUAAUACUAGCUGUCCCAGCGAACUUCGCAACGCCAUAGAAUAUUGUUUCGACAUAUUUUCCUUAUAGUUCUCAUCUUUUAAACCUUCCCUAGACCUCCACGGACAUAUCAAGACCAAAAUAAAAUAAAUCCGUUCAGCCGUUCUCGAGUUUUAGCGAGACUAACGAACAGCAAUUGAUUUUAUAUAUAAAGAUAUAAAGUUUUGAAAUGAGUAAGCAAACUCGUAGGCAUUUGUAAUUAUAUUAAAGUUUAUGAUGUGUGAGUCAGCCAUAGAUCCGCAAUGUAAAACCUUUUCAAUUAAAAAAAAAUAAUAUGUUCUGUGCCUUAUUAGCUUUACAACAAUCUAAGUAAUUAUAAUCAAUACAUUAAUUAAACAACUUGUAUAAACAAGGAUGCAAUCAUUAAACCUGUGUGUAGCUCUAUAUAAUUUUAUUAUUGUUUUAUUUAUGUAUUGAUUAAUACACGACCAUUGAUGUUAUGAAACUAGAAAUAAAAGCAAUUGUU